GGGCUGUGAGGCUCUCGGAAGGGCGGUGACGUCACGGACCUUUCCAGCUUGUCAUUGUGCAACGCUCUGUUUUUUACCAAGCGAGCUCAGUGUCCUCGAGAAGCUAGCUGUAAUUGAUUCGCCGAGUUAGCGUAAUUAAACGUGACGCCGACCGGAAGUGUUAAGCUGCCCUGAUUUAAAACACUGGGACGGCGCCGCCUCGUUGUUCCUCGUGGACACAAUGAGCGUCGAAAAGAGGGAUUUGGCGAACAAACUUGACGGCUAGUCCACUAGCCUCCUGCGACGCCACACGAGCUAGCUAGCCUCCUGCGCUAAGCUAGGCAAAGCUAAGCUAGCUCGCCGAGGCGUCUGGAUUCGGGACGUGGACGCGCACGUACAGACAGGCGGGCUCCCCAGUCAGCCCUAUGUUUCUCCGAUGAAACACCUCAACUCCAUGAAACGAGCCCCGCAUCCCACUCCUCAAAGCGGUGACGGCGCCUUCUUCCAUGAGCCAGUCUCCUGGCAACCAGCAGCCAAUCAGCACCCGGGCUCUCUCUCUGUUGUAACCACUGUGUGGGGCGUGACCAAUCCCACGCAUAGCCAGGUGAUCGGCGCGCCGCCCAUGGGUCCUGGCGACAGCGCGGGUGGCCACAUGAUGCCCGGUGGGGGUGGAGGCGGCGGGCCUGGCAUGACUGGGGGCAUGGGCCCGCAGUUCAUGGGCCAGCAGGCCUACGGCGACGCAGUGUCCAAAGGUUACGGCCAACCGCUCAUGUAUGGACGCCCCAACGCGACGUACAACCCCGCGGCGGCCUAUGGCGGCAGUUACCCCGGUAAUAGCGGCGGCAUGGGUGCGCGCCCCCCCUCGGACUUCACCACGGCCACGGCCGCUGCCGUGGCCGCAGCCACCGCUACGGCCACAGCCACUGCCACCGUGGCGGCGAUCCAGGAGAAGCAGAACCAGGACAUCAACUACGCUCAGAUGGGCGGAGCCUCCUCAUACAGCCCCCAGUUUAUGUCUCACGUGGGAGCUCGCGGUCCCACGGCCAUGAACCAAGGAGCGAUGGUGUCCGGCAGGCCCGGGGCCGCACCGCCUUCCGGCGGGGGCUUGUACCCACCACACCCCGGAGCCUCGCAGAAGAUGCACGGGGGUGGAAGUGCGGGAUACCCCGCCGCAACACAGGGACUCAAACGCACCUUCCACUCAGAGUUCGGGGGCGGUGGCGGGAUGUCGUCCAUGUCUGGAUACCCUCAGCAACCACUGCAGUAUCCCCCCGGAGCGCAGCAACGGUGCGCCCCCUCCCCUUCGUACCCGGGUGGCCGUAUGCCCCCCAUGAGCCAGUACGCUUCUGGAUCGCACAACAACCCGCUGUCAUUCCCACCGGGCGGCGGACAGCCCAACCCGCCCCAAUACUAUAAGUCUGACGUGUUUAACGGGCAGAGUAGUCUGCCCCCUGCAGGCCCAGGAGGAUAUAAUGCCUUCACGCAGGCAGCAGCCAGCGGGCCGGGCCGAGGAGGCGGCGGCGGCGGGGGGAUGCCUGGAUACCCCGGCUCCCCCAUGGGCGGGAACCCGACCCCUCCCAUGACUCCCGGCACCUCUGUGCCACCUUACCUCUCGCCGAGCCAGGACACCAAACCCCCUUACAUGCCCCCCGAUGUAAAAAACAACAUGGGUGGCCCGCAGCCCGGCGCAGGUAACCCUAGCGAUGACCUUCGCCUUACCUUCCCGGUGCGGGAUGGAGUGGUGUUGGAGCCUUUCAGGCUGGAGCACAACUUGGCUGUCAGUAACCACGCCUUCCAGCUUCGAGACUCUGUCUACAAAACGCUGAUGAUGAGGCCCGAUCUGGAACUGCAGUUCAAAUGCUACCACCACGAGGACCGUCAGAUGAACACCAACUGGCCCGCCUCGGUGCAGGUGAGCGUCAACGCCACGCCUUUGUCCAUCGAGCGCGGCGACAACAAGACCUCGCACAAGGCCUUGUACCUCAAGCAAGUGUGCCAGCCCGGACGCAAUACGGUCCAGAUCACCGUCACUGCCUGCUGCUGCUCCCACCUGUUCGUGCUUCAGUUGGUCCAUCGGCCGUCUGUCAGGUCCGUGUUACAAGGACUGAUGAAGAAACGGCUCCUGCCCGCGGAGCACUGCAUCACCAAAAUUAAGAGAAACUUCAGCAGCGGCACCAUCCCCGGGACCCCUGGGCUGAACGGAGAGGACGGCGUGGAGCAAACGGCCAUCAAAGUGUCGCUCAAAUGUCCCAUCACCUUCCGACGCAUCCAGCUGCCGGCGCGAGGACACGACUGCCGCCACAUACAGUGCUUUGACCUGGAGUCGUACCUGCAGCUCAACUGCGAGAGAGGAACAUGGAGGUGUCCCGUCUGCAAUAAGACUGCUCUACUGGAGGGUCUGGAGGUGGACCAGUACAUGUUGGGGAUCCUGGUGUACAUCCAGAACUCUGACUACGAGGAGAUCACCAUUGAUCCACUAUGCGGCUGGCGGCCGGUGCCCGUCAAGCCCGACCUGCACGUGAAGGAGGAGCCCGAUGGGCCAGCACUCAAGCGCUGUCGCACUGUCAGUCCCAGUCACAUGGUUCUGCCCAACGUCAUGGAGAUGAUAGCCUCGCUGGGACCCGCCUCCUCCCCCUACACCGGGGGCGGCAGCAGGGGCAGCCCUGACUUCAAUAGGCCAGGGAGUCGAGGCUUCGCUGGUCAAUCGGCUUUCCCAGAGUUCCCCAACACUCCUGGCACGCCAACCCUGGGAGAGUACCCUUCCUCCGGACCGCCGCUCUCAUACCCGCCCGAGCAGGCGCCGCACCCGUCCCAUAAUGCGUCGCUUCAGCAGCAGCACGGCAACCAGAGCCUGAGUGAGGACAGGAGCGCCGCCGCUGCUUCCCACAAUGCUCGGCUGCACGCCGAGGGCUCCUUUGGCCUUGGAGGACCCCCAGCAGGAGAAGCGCCCGAUCACUCGCUAGAUCUUUUACCGGAGCUGACCAACCCGGAUGAGCUGCUGUCCUACUUGGGUCCCCCCGACUUGCCCAGCAACAGCAGCGACGACCUUCUCUCGCUCUUUGAGAACAACUGAGCGCCUCUUUUUCCAACUCCUCCUCAAUACGUCACUCCAUUUUAUGGAACACAAGAAGACUGCGGCGCUCGCUGGCAAACGGCGUCCAAAUAGCUGUCAUUCGUCCUUACUAGCAUGGCAAUUUAGGGCAAUGGUAGAAUGACUGUUUGUCUUAUAAGUUUGAUCCGCUUCUAGUGCCACUAUUGGCUUUCGAGGAUGCAAUUCAACCUACCUUUGCAUCACUAGUACUUUCUCGUUUUCUUUCAUCGUUUCCUCACUUGAAUAUUCAAAUUCGCCAAACCUAAAAUGCACUUUUUAAAUAGUCAUUUUACUUAUGAACUAAUUGGCUGCCUUUGACAGGGAUGAAUUGGAUGCGUAUCGUUGUCAAUGGCAGCGAAUAAAGCCUAAAAUAAUGCUAUGAACCAAAAAAACAACAAAAAAACAAUCCCAUAAAGACCUGGUGUCCACAUACGUGGAAAUCACAUUUGGGUGCUAUUAACUGCGCUAGACGUCCAAUCCAAUCCAUUUUUAAUAGAUUGGAUUAUUGCCAUGGUGAAUUUGGAAGUUUUAAGAAAAAUAAAAAUCAAUCUGGAAGUUUCAGCUAAUCCAGAAUGCUGCUGUCAGAUAAUUUACAAAUACAAGGAAACGGGACCAUAUUAUAUUGGUCAUGAAGUAUAAAUGUUUUGAGUAUUUUUCUUAAAAUUGGAAUCUAUCUCUACUUGGGUUAUCUUUGUGCAAUUUUUCCAAUUGUUUGCCAAUCUUUAAAUUCGAAAGGACAACAGUUGUUCUACCAGUUACCUGAAUUGUGGAAAGGCCUCACUUGCAUUCAAAAAUUUGAAGUGAACGUUUUCAACCACUGUGACCACGCCCACAUUCCAUUAUUCCGCUUUUGGGGGGGGGGGGGGAUCACCCUGAUGUUGAUGUGAAUAUUUCGUUGUACAAUUCUUCAUCUUCCUCGCUUCAUUUUUCAUCUGUGUCGGAUCUGAGGUCCCCCCAAAAAAAUUACAAAAUCUUGGUAAAUGUUGGCAUUUAUGAUGAGGUGGGGCGAAAAAGUGACUAUCGAACUGCAAAUUUACUAGAAAACACGUUUUUAAGAUGUAAACUAUUGCACAUAUUUUAUAACACGCAUUUUAAUUGCCAUUGUUUUCUAUUUAUUUUGUAAUCAUUGUUCUUGUCGAUUGUAGCCUCGGUUGCUUGUUCAUUUGCUGGAGCUCCAAAAUGAGGAAUAAAACCACUAUUAUUUCAACAA